GAUAUUCCAUGUCCAUUAUUGUUGUCCGUGCUAAAUUCAAAGUUCGAGGCCGCCAAUUUAGCCAUAUGGUAUAUAAGACCUUGGAAACCCGAGGGUUUUUGAUCUAUUAAAGGCUCUUGCCAGGAUACAGAAGCGGAAAAUGUAUAGCAGCAAAGUUCUAUUUGUUCGUGAAUACAAAUUGUAACGGAAAAAGAGUAUCCUUCCAGCCACAUUGGGCUUGUAGCAGCUUGUAUCCACCUCCUCAGCAGACUCUACGCUGAAAACCGUAAUAUCCAAAAGCCGUAAUAUAGUGAAACAUAAGCUUUUGAUGCUGUUCGUGGGUCUCGUUACCACCGCGGCAAAGUGAGAAAAAGGAAAGGUGGCAAGUGCCCAUCUGAAAAUAUAAAUAUGAAGUGGCGUGUUUGUGUGGCAACAAACUUUCUUAUUCUUCACCCUCCUCCCCAGUUACUCUUUUACAUACCUUUUUUAUCAUUAUUGCUGAACACUAUACGAUGCGUUGCCUGAUAUUUUUUGCUUUGUUCGCAUUUGUCUGUUUAACACAUUUCACUGUUGCCGGGCAAAAGAGCGGUGGAGGUAGCCGUAGCAGUAGGAGUGGUUCCACGGGCCGUACUAACACCAGUGGCAGUCGCGGCGGCCGUAAUUCUACCUCUGAAUCAUCAGCAACGGCCAUAUAUGCAGCUCCGAGCACACAAACUUAUCUAAACCUGCAAAACAUACUCGUAGCUGCUGGUGUGAUGGUCCUUGCUCAGCAGCACUAUGGCCAUUUUGUUCCUGGAAACUAGCACUCCCUUUAUACACCAUAUACCCUUCUUAUUAAGCGACUCCUUAAAAGGCCCCUCCUCUAGAUGUUAUCAAGUAGUAGGCCCUGUUCAUUAAUAAAUAAUAAGCUAUUGUACAUUAAAUUCAGCACAAUCUUUUAGCGGUGAAGAUGGUAUUGUAAAUAAUACCACGAUUUUACAUGGUUCCAUA